UGUGGCGGCCAUCGCUGUUGUCUGAUCCGCGAGUUCGAGCUUUUUGCAGCUUCUCCUCGCUUAUUGUGAGCUUGUUGCUUGCCAGUGGCCGAUAGCGUGCUUUUAGUUUUACACCGUUAGUCGAGCUGUCGGAUUAAACCGUAUGAUACAAGACGCUGAGUAGCAUGCGUCGCUCCUCCGUUGCCCGUCUGCAGUCGCAAACCUCUGAGCCUCUGAUCGUCGUCGAAGACCAAGAGGACAAGGAGGAAGAUGGGCAGAAGACGGGCAGCUCUCAACAGAGCUCCGAGGAGGGCUCGCCCACCAUGAACCCGUACCUGCUGUCGCCUUACACGCGCGAGAUUCGCAAGCACUCCCUGCCCACCCCCCAAUGCAGCGGUAUCACCGCGAGCCAAGUGCGCAGGCUCUCCGAACGUGGAGAAAGCGGUCCUGGGCCCCGUCAGGCGGAGUUCCUCGCCACUCUGUCGGCGGCGCCCCAGGUAUCCCCGGGAGGCAGACGCCACUCUGUCGUGACGAUCUCCAAGCUGCCUUCGACGCCGUUCGGGAGGAGCAGGAGGGAAUCGGUGGCGGCUUUCCCGAGCAGCGGUUUCCCCAACCGCAUCCUGCCGAAUAGACGCGAGUCCAUAGCUUGUCCCCCUUCUACGGAGUCCCGCGGCAGCGUCCAUAACCUGCAGCUGGACAUCAUGGACGAUAUCGUGCAGGCUAGGAAGGUACGCAUGAAAGUGUGGACGACCAGUAGCGAGAAACUGUGCGAGGUCCAACCCCUGGACGACGCGACGGCGUCGUCCGCGGGGGUGCAACGAUACACGAACCCGGGUCGGAGGUUCUCGGAGUUCGUCGGCACCAUGUUGCCGCCGAUCCCGAGCGCCGCCAAGCGGCGCACGUCCGAACUACCACCGGUUUCGAGUUCAAGUAAGCCCAAAUCCGGCAUUGUGUGCACUAAUACUGAUCUAUGCUCUAUUUUGUCCUCUCUGUCGACGUCCGCGACUGAAAUCAACCAGUGGGAGAAGGAGACGAGCGUGCGUCAGAUAGCUAGGUCUAAAUCUGAACGGAAACUGAAGAGUGGCAGGUGGGCCGAAACGGUGGCCGGGUUCAACGUCGACUUCGACAGUUUGUCGUCGUCCGCGUCGGGCUGGUUCGCCAAACGCCACCAGCCCAAAGCCGACGCGACGAAAAAACCGCCCGCCGCCAAGAAAGGGCCGAAGGCCAAGGUGAUGUGGGACGGGCGUAGCGGUUCGUUGAUUGAUCCGCACGCCUUGGGCAGCGCGAUCGAGGGUUUCCUCAGGCAAUCGACGCCUGACGAAUCGCCCGCUAUCAAAGAGAACCCGAGUCUGGGCAGUAAGCUGGCGGGAAAGGUGCUGGGCGCGGCCAACAGGGUCAAGGCGACCUGGUUCUCGAAGGGCGACGACGAACCCGCCACCGACACCUGCGACUCUUCCAUUUGUUCCACCCUUAAAGAUUUGUUCGUCAAGUAGAGCGUCCCCCCUCCCUCAGCACUGCGCACCACGCGCCGCUUGUGACAUUUUCACUCCCAGAUAUUCGGAUAUAGUAUAUUUCGGAAAGGCAUAGAGUAAUAAAGCCACACUUCUCGAAUUUGGGAUAUUUAGCACUUGGAAUGUCAGUCGCUGCGAUCCAAAGGGUCAAUUGUCACCCUCCGCACAUUUGGUAUUGGUAUUGGUAUUAAAAGCGGGCGCCCUCGCGAGCGUCGAUGCACUUACGACACCAGAUGGGCCCGUUGUGCCCCCAGGCCGCUCUACAGGGCGUCCAGAAUGCCGCACCUCCUAUAAAAGGUCAGCAACUCCUUUAGCCCAAUACCGUGCACUGAGUCCGGAUCGAUCAGGGCCGUUCCGAAGACUCCUAAUCUUGCCCAUGUCAAGGCAGGGCACUCGGUGAGCAGAUGAUACGGGGUCUCCUCCCCUUCCAUGCACCACCUACACUCCGGGUCGUCUCCAAUGCCUAGCAAGCAAAGAUGCCUCCUAAGCCUGCAAUGUCCUGUGUAGGCCCCUGUUAGUGCUCUACACUCCCUUCUAAGCAACUCCCUGGUCCGAGAGAGGGCGGGCCCAUCAAAAGCCUCGCCUGACUCGUUCCCGGAGCAACUCUCCGGCCCCCCGCGGCCCGGUCUUUCGCCCAGGCUUCGAGACCUCCCCACCUCACACACGGGGCGAUCUCCAAGCGGGGCUCUCUCCCUAUAUGCUUAUGCGGGGAGCCCUCUCUGGCUAAGGCGUCCGCUGCCUCAUUGCCCCGGACACCGGUGUGACCCGGGACCCAGACCAACGUGACCUUCCUCUCCUCAACCACUCUCCUCAGUACCCCUUUGCACUCCUUUAGUCGAGUGUUUAAACAUCCUGGAAAAUACUUUAAGUUCAUGUUUCCGCUGCGCAUGUUGUAAUGGGGAAGAUUAGCGGCUCAACUAGACAGAGUUUUGCUGUUUUGGUGAUAGCUUUCUGCUUGACAUGACAGUCGCUGAUAUUGCUGCGGUCAGAUGAAGGCCUAUUUCGUUCUCACAUUUCUUACUGUUGGAAAGCAAUUGUUUAGCAUUUUGUAGACUGCAAUUUCUGUUGUCUUGUCUAUCAAUAAUCAUUAUUUCCGUUUUCGAUUUAUUUACGUUCAUGCCAUAUUUUUCGCAACACAAAAUUUCUUUUAUGGCCUGUAUGGUUGACGCUAAAACCGGUGUGUCAUCGGCGUCUCAUGCCACCCAUCUAGAACUUCUCGUGACGUAUUAGCUAUAACUGUUAAAUAAGAUGGGUGAUAGUCCACAAAGCGGAAAUACUGUGGCAUAUUAAAUUCUCCAGCCUUUUAGUAAAAGAGAUGAUUUAAGAAGGUUUUGUCUUUCAUAAUCAUAUGACAAUCAUAUUACAAGCUGUGGAGGAAGAAUUUAAAAGAUAUGGGCACAAAAACUGAAUACAUGAAAGCAGGAGAGGGACAAACUGAAGAUCCUGAACUACACAUACGUGUAUUUAGGAAGUAUUAUAUCCAAGCAGAGUUGAACAAGGCCUGAUAAAUGUUCCCCUCUGGUCAAGUUUGACUUAUGUAGGAGAAGUCCAGAAGAUUUGUAAAUUGUAAAGCUAAGAACUCAUAAAUCAGGGAGCGCCGAACAACGUAUCUUCCACGUUCAUCAGACUCAAAACUCUCUUUCCUCCUGACCAGAAAACUAUUGUUCGAAUUCCACUUUGGUAGAUUCCACUGCACGUGCUUUCUAUCUCUCUCGGUGGAUUCGGAUAACCUUGUUUCAUCUACAUUAAAAUAGACUGAUAAUGGAGAAUUUUAUGACUAAUCUUUCAACCCCAGGGCUUAGAAGCAAAUAUCCUGAGCGACGAAUUUAAUUACUCUAUGCUUUUCAAAAAUAGCCCAUAAAAAUAAAGUAAGUAGUAAAGCCUUUUUUUAAUGUUAAAUUUUAAAAUGUCACAAGCAGAGUUACACCGCAAAAUUGAAAACCCCUCUGGAGAAAUGUCGUUUUAUUGAUUUAGUUACAAAUUACUAAAUCUUGUAAAUUAAAAAGUUAAAGAAUUGGCCAUAUAUAAUAAAAUAAAAUUUUUGUGCCACAUUUUAUGUAGACUCUCGUAUAAACUUUUUAUAUGACGUUCAGCGUCAUCAUUGGAGGAGAAAAUAGAACUGCUAGGUAAACGCGCGCAUAGCGAACCCCCCCCCC